AUGUUGUGUUCAGUUUUCGGUUGUACGUGUUAUAGCCACAAAGAAACAAUUCAUUUUUAUAGGUUUCCAAAGCGCGAAAAAUCUCCACAAAGAUAUAAGGUAUGGGUAAAUUUUUGUAAACGUAAAAAUUUUAUACCAGGAAAAAACAAUAGAAUUUGUUCGUCUCAUUUUAAAAGUGAUGAUUUCAACGAGUCUGAUAUAUUACGUGAGCAACUUAUGCCAGACACAAAGAUAGUGAUCAGAUUAAAAUCUAAUGUUUUCCCUACCAUUUACAAAACAAAAUCUGACGACCCUACUCUUACCUUACAAUCUACAAGUAGAUGUGAAAGACAGAAUAGAAAAAGAGAAAAUCAAUUCACAUCAACUUCAUUCAAAUCAAGCACACCAGUCAAAAAAUCUAAAGAUGAACUAAACAUUUUGGAAUCGCAAAAUGAACAUUCUUUUGACUUAAGUUACAAUUCUAUAGAUUUUAUUCAAGAACAUGAAAAUAAUGUUAAUGAUAUUGGUGUCCAAUGUGAUUUAGGUAGCGAAAGUGUUGCUCAAUAUGUAUUAAAGACUAAUAACGAAUUGUCAUUUGAAUUACAUGAAGAUAUCAGUGAAGAAGAAAGUGAUGAAGAUGAUAUUGAUUCAUGUGUUGACGAUAAUGAUUUAAUUUCAAAACCAAACAUUGACGACGAUGCUUGUUUUAUAAUUUUUUGGGAAAAUAUUUUAUGUUUGUUAAAACACUGUCAAGAAUGUUCAACAAGAAAUAUAUCUAUGAAACAUUAUAUCCAAGGAACCUUUUUGUCUGUUACUACAGUUUGCGAAGAGGGCCAUACUGUUCAAUGGACUUCUCAAAAAAAGACUGGAAAACGCCCAGAAGGGAAUAUUGUAAUUGGAGCUGCUUUAACGCUUUCGGGAAUUUUAUUUGCUCAAAUGUCAGUUUUUUGUCGAUCAAUAAAUAUAGCUUUUUUUUUCACGUACAACAUACGACUUAAUUACUAA